GAUUUCGCGAGCAGAAGGUGCCACACGCUGGGCCAUCGAUUCGACGCUCGUCUAAAAGGAUUGUAGCUGGUGAUCCCCGAAAGACGACAGACGCUCGAAGGAGAACUUACUCGAGCAACUACACUCGUGAAUAGUUCAAGGUGGGGCCGAUUCUUAGAAUCGGUCGGAUAUCGUUUCUCCAAUUCUGGAUACCACGGUGGUCGUCGAUUCCUCCAUUCGAUUCAAUCUAAGUGUCUCAGAGGAAAAAGAGCGUAGAUCCGAGGAUAGGAUAGCCACAGUCCUGGACUCCAGUCAUGCCGAAUUACUGUGCACACGAGGAUUACGAUUAUGGGGCAGCCGAUGGAACAUCGCAGGAGGGUCCUGGUAGAACGAUACAACAGGUGCCAGGAGCCAGGCCCAUAGUGGACCCACAAGCCCAAGGAGAGGUCGAUCCCACCUUGUAUCCUCAACCAAAAGAGGCGACGCACAAGAUUCGUGGCAAGAGCGACGUGAUCGAGUACCUGUUUGGUUCCGUAGAUCAGGAAUUGCUUACCGUGAAAACGUUCUACUUCUUCUUCUAUUCUGCCUUUGGUUCCCUUUUUCCUCUGAUGGGAGUUUAUUUCAAGCAGAUGGGCAUGAACGCCGGCCAGUGCGGUCUCCUGAUGGGACUAAGACCCUUCAUCGAGUUCCUUAGCGCGCCCUUCUGGGGUUCGUUGGCUGACAGGUGGCAAAAGGGCAAGGUGAUUUUUUUAGCCUCUCUGUCUUGCUGGAUCAUCUUCACUCUUCCUUUGGCCUUCAUGCAACCACCGGCCACAUCGUGUUGGGUUAUACGAAACAACACGCCGUAUCUGGAACCACCGAACCCUAAAUUAAGAAUAGUUAAACGGUCCGCCAAUCUUGACGAUUUUUAUCAUCGAAAUGACGAAGAAUGUUUAGAGAUAGCGGACAACGUCGUUUUCGAGAGGCUGCGUAAAGACAGCAAGCUAAAUCCACUGGCGGCUCUCAGUUUACAAAUGAAUCAGGGCACGAUGAACGAUGUACGAGAAAAUUACGAUCUCAAUAACGAUAGAGUUCGAAGAGAAACGCAAGAAGGAACAAGUACUUCAACGGAAGAGAGCCCUGUCGAAGAUUUAAAAUACAAACAGCUGGUGUUCGAAGAAAACGAUCCCGAAGCUAAGACUAUCGACUUUGAGACUCUGCAAAGGAAAAACCGUCCAGCUGAUGUGCUCGAAUACAAACGUUUCCUAAAUAACCAACCUUUGGACGAUGGAAGACCACCAAAGAAGGCGUAUACGCAUACCAAGACGAGAGUGAAACCACCACCAAUGAAGGUCAUGGUGAAAAGAGAAGCCAAUGAUGAAAUUUCAGAGGAGAAGGAGUCUCUAUCCAAGUUUCAAACGGUCACCGUGAACUCUCCAAGUAAAGUAUCCUUGUUGGACGAAGAGGAAGAAGAAGAAGCGAACGAAAAUGACGAAAAUAAUGACGAAGAUGUCCAGAUGCCGUUGGUUAGGACCAAACGUUACGUCAAUGUACCUCACUCCGGCAAGAGUCCUCAUAGUGUUUCCAAUGCUGCGAAUUACAACGAAGAGGAGAACAAAGGAUGGGUGAAACCUCUCUACAGUUCGAUUGUCUACAGAUUGCCGGACAUCCAAAAAACUUUCUUCCUCCUGUUACUGUUGGUGAUAGUGGGUGAAUUCUUCUCGGCGCCUGCGAUCACUCUAGCUGACUCUGCCGUCAUCACUUUAUUAGGCGAAGACGCGGACAAGUACGGUCACCAGCGAAUGUUCGGUAGUUUAGGCUGGGGUCUCGCUAUGUUCUUCGUCGGUAUCGCUUUAGAUCACAGCACUGCGUUCUCCGAGCAUCCAUGCGGUCCAGAUGCAAUGGAGAAGAAUUAUACGAUCUGCUUCGCGAUCUUCAGCGUCCUCAUGGGUGCCGCUCUGAUCACUGCCACGCAGAUCAACUUUAAAUACGAUUUUCCGGUCACGGAACUGGAAGUGGAGAAGCCUCCUGCAGAACCAACAAGGGAGGAGCAGCUGCAGAGUCAACUGUCUCAACAGUUGAAUCUGCCCAGUCUUCAGGACUCGUCUGCAGGGGUAAAUCUGAAUGUGAAACAACAACCGCCUGAAGGCAAGACGAAAAUGUUCGCUCAAACGACGCGAGAGAUCCCGGAAUGGGUGACCGUAUUGAAGCAAUUCAAAGACCUCAAGUGCGCAUCCUUCCUUUUCGUCGCGUGGUUCAUGGGAUUCGGUAUCGGGCUGAUUUUUACCUUCCUCUUUUGGCAUCUUCAGGACUACAAUGGCACACCGACUCUAUUUGGUGUCGCCUCUGUGAUCAAUCACAUUUCCGAGAUAUUCGCUUACUUCUUCAGCUUUAAACUGAUCCGUCAAAUCGGUCACGUGAAGGUGUUGUGCAUGGGACUGGGUGGAAACGUGUUUCGUUUCCUUUAUAUUUCUUAUCUGACGAUUCCAUGGUGGGUGCUGCCUUUCGAAUUCAUCCAGGGAAUAACCCAUGCGGCUGUGUGGGCCGCGUGUUGCAGCUACAUCUCUCAUAAUACGCCUCCACAAUUGCGUACGAGCGCGCAGGGUGUUCUUCAAGGUAUCCAUCAUGGUCUUGGCAGGGGAUGCGGAGCUGUGAUCGGUGGCAUGUUCGUCGACGCUUACGGAACAACUGCGACAUUCCGAGCUUACGGUCUCAUCUGCAUCGUCGUUCUUGGCGCGUUCGUGUUCAUCAACUUUUACAGAAAGGAUACAGGCUUCGUCUCCGAGCUGCCACAGACGGAGGAUCCUCGUCAAGUAGCCGAAGCGACACAUCUGGCACCGCACGGUGUACCUAGCAACGCCAUUCCUCGAGCUCUCAGCUCUACUCGACUGCACGAAUUGGCUAAUCAAGACACGGGCUACGGCGCCACUUACCAAUCUGGCGAUACUCUCAACGUGCCAGGUGCGAAUGGAGGCCCAGUAAACCCGACGAAUCCAUUUCUGAACACUGGAGGCGGCGGCGGAGGUGGAUAUAAUUACGGUAUGACUGGCAAUGGCGAGGACGAGUAUAUCCGUAGGAGCUUCCAGCUUUACAAUGAGGUGAUUAGCAGGGAAUUCGACCUGGUUAAACCACCGCCGAUAGUGACCCAUCUACACGCUCAACAACCAUGCACCAACCCCUUCCAUCAGCACGACUACGAAUGGUAACAGUCCGGGACGUUCGAUCCCACUUGAGGUGAUUAGGAUGCUCAUGGAACGCUGGUCGAUAACCGGCAUGUUCUCUGGAGAACCGAAAACGAAGAACCAGCUUCGGAGUGCUAGGCAGAAGGAAUUUUUACACGGUUAAAAAAGUUCGAUGAAAACCCCUUGGUGCCUCCUUGGAGCAACACCGUUCGUUAUACUCGCAUUAAAAACGCCUGAUAGCGUCGAUGCAAACUAUUGCGACAAAUUAAUCACGGUAUAAAGAGCAAAUAAACAGAGAGAAUUCUUUCCGAUGCUAACAAUUCGAUUAUCAAGCUUGGAGAAGCAUCGAAAGGAUAAAGCGCAACAUUCAAAAAGAUAAAAAAGAAUUGACCAUGAGACUGAUCGAUGGAACGAUGAUUUAAAAGUGCCUGCUCACUA